CUCAAAUCUGGAAAAUAAGUCAAGGAAAAAGGUUCAAUAAACCAACAUUGACUCCUCUAGCUGAAGUAUCUCGCGUUGUGCCCUAGUGGAAUUCCAAUAUUUUUCAUCUCCAGUAUAUAGGAAGGAAACUAAAGGAAAGGUCUUAGCGGUCAGACACAGCAGAUGUUUCCACGCACCAUUCAACCACAAUAGCUCUUGUUCCAGUAAACCUGCCUCGUCAUUAUCAUUUCGUAUGGUCUGAGUACCAAUUGUUUUCUCAAAGAAGCCAUUCGUCUUCUUAUUGUCUGGAUAAGCAUAUUCCAAAUCAGUUUUGAUAAGAGAGGUGUUUAUAGUAAACAAACACAGAACGAACGUCUUGAUGCAAGAGUUGCCGGAAUUCAGCUGAAACUUAGCUUGCAUUUAAAMCAAGCGUUGCUGAAAUCUAUACAGUGGAAACAAGACUUGGGCAGAAGCUAUGCGAAGCUUCAUUAUUAUCAUCAAAAGGGUAGUGGAACUACAUGGUUUUAUUUUAAAACUAUCAAAAUGAACUAGCAGUGGAAACGCAGCUAAAGAAAGUAACUUUACAAGAUUAGAAUUAUAAGACAAAAUUCGAUUAAUGUAGUGUUGCUUGGCAAUUGAAGUACAUCAGUGUUGCUGCUGAACACUCUACUGCAAUUUGGAUUCGUAAAAUCUGGCAAGGCUUGAACUCAGAUCAAUUACAGUUAAUGAGCAUCUUGACAAGAUYAUAUAUAUAAUUCUUCAGUCAGUUUUCAGUUUUCUAGUGUCCUUUUUGCUUUGCAUGAKAUUGGAGAAAACAUUAAUUGGAUCGCUGUAGACCGUUUGAUUCGCUUCCCUGCAUCAGUGGAGAAAACGACUAUUCAUUCGUACCUUGAUUCCUGAACCAGCCAAAUGGCUCAUAUAGUACGUUGAUAUUUAUCUCAUUUGCAGAAAUUUCCUUGAGAAAUUCUGGAACGAACAGUAAUGUAAAGGUGUUAAUUGCUGAAGUUAAUCCAAGUUGCCAAGAGAGAUUGAGUGGGAUUUAAUUUUACAAAUAAAGUUACAGUUUUUUCCAACAUUAUAUUAAUGAGUGUGAGCGUAGAAAUACAGCGGAAAAAUAAUGUUAGUGCAACGAAUUAAUUUCUGUGACAAUUUUAUCAGAGGAAAAGAAGCAUUGGAAAUUUGACCGACAAGUAACGUGACAAAAAGGCAAUGUCUGCCCUGCAAUUGUGAUGGUACUAUUGAUUUCGUAUUUAUGAAACAAUAAAUACAUGACGACGACAAGAAACGCCAUCUGCAGCUGAUAAAAAUAUACAUAUAUACCAGUGCUGCAUGAAUCACUGUGGUUAUUUCAGUAUACAAACAAGAGAUUAACAAUCUGGAGGAAUCAGAAGAAAACAAAAUUAUAUAACAGAAGUAUCAUCUACUUUUUGUGGAAUUUGCAUGAAUUGAACUCCACAAUCUACUUGCGCACAACAUUUAAGAAUCAAAGACUGGAGCAAAGUAGGCAUUAUAUUGUUUGCUUCAAAAUAUCUAUAUAACUUUGAAUAUUGAGCACUGGAUUGAAGUUUAUACCCCAACAGUACAGUUCCCAGCAAAUUCGGUGCAUCAUCAGCUGUUUAACUUGAUGAUAUAUUUGAGCUUUGUACCACUAUAUAAGAAUCACCGCAGUCUGGGGCUGAACUGACUUCAUGCUUUAAAAUAACUAUAACAGUGAGUACUGAGCAAUAAAAGGAAGCGUGGACACGAAGUACUUAUUAUUAAAACUAAUUGCAGUUUCCAGGUAAUAACUGUACGUGUCAUCAAUUCUUCGAGAAAAAACAUUGCAACCGGGUCGGUCUUGUCUCUACAAAAAUAGCACUAAAUAUUACAGUGUCUAACAAUUCAGUUUGGCGCUAACAGUUAUAGCGUAAUAUGUCCACACCAAUCACUAAAGCAAUGGCUAAGGCCAAGCCUCACACACCAACGCCUGGAGAAGAAAGGACGAGGGAGGAAAAGACUUCGGAGGAAACAGGCUUACCAGCAAUUGACAUACUGUCACUUUGUGCUCAAACCGAACGACAUUAUCAAAAAGAAAGGCAAAACACAAAAGAUAAACGUUUAACACGGAUCCACAACACCAGAAACCACAUUUCCAAGUCUUYAAAUUACGGAAUAGAUGGCAGCUUCCCCCCAAGGAUUAGCAGYUGGAGCCACAAGACAAGGCAUUUCCGGGGGKUGCAAGGAGGUUCCAGAUGCAGAAGUGAAAUGUCUUUCACGCCCGAUGAGACCACACGUUUCCAGAGCCCAAAAUCUGGGUUUUCUAGUCCAUGUUUCCAAGGGAGUACCCCACCAAUACGCUGCCGACUUCAGAGCUACCCUCCUGGUGUACGAAGCAUGAGUUCCUGUGGGGGACCUGGUACGCAGGAUUUUAUGGUUUCAAGGGCAAGCCUAAAUAAGAGACCAAAGAAGCGACAUUUAAGCUUCAAAACGGACGUCCAAGGAAAUAUAACGAAUGUUUCCGGAAAGGAUGCGAGAGAGACGAGCGUUCCCCGACAAUAUACCGAUUCAAAGCUCUCGUCUUCUCGAAAGAAAUCGAGUAGCUCCGACGAGGGUAGUAGCCAAUCAAAAKUGCCGUACUUUGGACAAAAUGUUUGGCUUCCUGACGCAAAGUAUGAUGUCUCAAACGURGUUAUUGUGCCGGGAGAACAUUUUCAGGAUUCUAAAUUUCCUAGUAACGAAUCACUGGAUGAAAUUUUGGAGGUUCAAGAUAGAGCUCCUUCGGUUGUGAAGAAAAUUGACAUUAAACUGCCGUGUUUAGAAAAUUAAAGUACGGGUUUAAAGACCAAUCCCUUUUCGGGUUGYGCUACAAAAUUAUAAACAAGUCACGUGACUAACUGAUCACGUGAUCUUUGGGUGAUUAAAAAAUCGAUCAACCAUUCAAAAUAAAUACUACGCGAUCACGUGCAAUUUGGGUGAUAAGAGUUAACCAUUCAAAAAACGUAUUUUGAAAGUGAGCUAUUACUUGUGUGUUUUUAAAAAUUCGUAAGAUAUGGCUAACUUAAAAUGAAAAUUGA